AUCCUCUGCAACGUGACGCAACUUCCGAAACCUGAACGUUAUGCUCUGGUGUUUAGCUGAUGGUUGCUUGUGCAGCUACAAGAGCAUUUGUGAAAAAAGGGUGAAUCCAUUACUGGUGUGGAGAUCCAGGUGUCACUAUGGGUGAAAGAAAAGGAACAAACAAGUACUACCCUCCAGAUUUUGAUCCGGCCAAGCAUGGAUCCCUCAAUGGCUAUCAUAACACCCACGCUCUGCGGGAGAGGGCCAGGAAACUGUCCCAGGGCAUUCUCAUUAUCAGGUUUGAGAUGCCCUACAACAUCUGGUGUGAUGGCUGCAAAAAUCACAUUGGCAUGGGGGUCCGCUACAAUGCUGAGAAGAAGAAAGUGGGGAACUACUACACCACGCCAAUCUACAGGUUUAGGAUGAAGUGCCAUCUGUGUGUCAACUACAUCGAGAUGCAGACAGAUCCAGCGACCUGCGAUUAUGUAAUAGUAUCUGGGGCAAACAGGAAGGAGGAACGCUGGGACAUGGCUGAAAAUGAACAGAUACUCACCACAGAGCGGACGGAGAAGGAGAAACUGGAGACAGAUGCCAUGUUUAAACUGGACCAUGGUGGGAAAGACAAGGAGAAGUUUAAGAAGGCUCUGCCUUCUUUGUCAGAGAUUCAAGACUACCAGUCCAGCUGGAAGGACGACUUUCAGCUCAACAGUACCCUCCGCAGGAAGUUCAGGACGGAGAAGAAAGUUCUGGCUGAUCAAGAGGAGAAGGACAACACAGUCAGGAUGAGGACCAACCUGUCCAUACCAUUGCUGCCAGAGAAGGAGGAGGACAAGAAACUGGCAGCACUGCUCACCUACCAGGCACCUGACUCCUAUGACGACAAGCAGCACAGCAAGCGGAAAGAGAUCUCCUCUCGUUCGUGGUUCAACUCCACCUCAGCCACACCAGGAAGUGCAGCAGGCAGUCUGCUCCAUAAGCUUGGCCUGCAGGGGAAAGAAGCAGCAGUGGCCAAAGCCCUGGGCUCCUCACACAGCCCCUUGAUCCGCAAACGCACAGGAGGACUGGGAAUUAAAACUGAACCCUGCGCCACCAUCACUCGCAGGAAGUCAUACCCUGAAAUCAACACAUGUGAUGGAGAGAUUUCAAAGGUCGCACAAAGAGAGGAAGCCCCAAGUAUAGCCACUACAAAAGUGGGACAGGAGGUAACAGAGACAAAUGACAGUGGCUUCAGGGAGGCGCUUGCCAAAACCACAGAGGAAGCAGAUGAAGGACUAACGAAGGACUUUGGGAAGGAGAAGGAACAGUACAAAAGUUUGGGAGCCGUCACAUCUCUGGUGGCAGACUACAGCGACUCAGAUUCAGACCCUGGACAAUGCGGCUGAAUGAUAAUCAUUUUGUAAGAGUUAAACACAAACUGAAAAUGCUUGUGAGAGCUGCAGACAUCUGCUUUAACAUGUGUUGCCGUUCACUUGUGAAAACAGUGGUGUUAACUCGUCUAUCUGGUCACAAUGGAAAUAUUUUGUUUUCUAACACAAAAUGUGUGAAAUAAGAUUUUAGUUUUAAGCUUGGCGGCCUGCGGAAAUCAUUGUCAUGAAUGUGUCAUAUGAUGAUCCAGUCUGUUCAUAAGGACUAAGUGCAAAUGCUGAAAACCCAGCUUAAAAUGUUAUUAGUUUUUUAGAUUUCCACAUAUCUGUGGACUGAUGACAACACUGUCAGACACCUUGUAAAAGUAAAUGCAAAAUACUGUGUAAUACCAUUAAAACUGUUAUUUGAGUUGA